AUUUGAUGCAUACUAUCGAUUUUUUGGAUAAAUUAGAUAAAAAUAGUACUUAUUUGAAGAGAACUGCAGUCGAAAGUUGGAAAACCUUAAAAAAUGUCUCGAUGUUAGGAUUUAAAAAUCAAUCUCAUAAAACCAAUGGA